AUGAUUUUAUUUUCAUUACAGCAACUCGCAAAUGGAGAAAGAGGCUUUGAAAAUGUGGAGCUGGGUGUCAUAGGAAAGAAGAAAAAAGUUCCAAGGAGGGUUAUUCACUUUGCAAGUGGAGAAACAAUGGAAGAAUAUAGCACAGAUGACGAGGAAGACGAACAAGAGAAAAAAGACCUCUUACCUCCUGUAGACCCUACGACGCUUACAUGGGGACCCUACUUAUGGUUUCACAUGCUAAGAGUUGCCACAUCAACCUUAUCAGUUUGUGAUUUUCUUGGGGAAAAGAUCGCAUCUGUUUUGGGGAUAAGUACACCAAAAUACCAGUAUGCCAUUGAUGAGUAUUACAGAAUGAAAAAAGAGGAGGAAGAGGAGGAACAGGAAAACAAAAUGUCAGAAGAAGCAGAAAGACAGCAUCAGGAGCAGCAGAACAAGCCACAGGCUGAAGCUCCUGUCCGGAUAGACCAGCCUGAAGCAACAACAUGUAGUUCAUUUGUGAAUUUAAACUUUGAAACUGAAGGAGACUGCCAGUCUGUUGUGGAAAAUAAACAAGAUGUAGUUCCUGUCCCUACCUAAGCAUAAAGCUCUGUAUAAUACUGGAAAUAGGAAGUGUCAGGUGUCACAAUCUGGCUGUAAGAAGCAGGAAAGACAGAUUUGUACUUUUUCAGUGAAAAUACGAUUUUCAGCAUUCUUAUUGAUCAGGAGAGAGCUAGGUGAUGUCUUUUUGGUCCAUCUGCCUAAUAAAGGCUGAGGUAUUCUGCCAAAUUGGCACUUCUGUUGAAAUCAGAAUUGCACUACUAAGAGAUUUGGUCUAAAUUGAAUCUGCUAGCCAAUUUCUGUGUAAAGCAAGUAAAACUCUAUCUCUGACACUUGUGGAUUGCAGACGCAGUGCUGUUUUCUACUUUUAAAUACCUGUUUUUGAUUUGCACAUUGUUUGGAACUUGGCUCUCUGUGAAUAGAUUAAUAGGAAUCCUUUUCCUGUAACUCACAAAUCAUCAUAAUAGCUUCCAGAAUGCCCUAUUUAUUGUCACUACUGUAUGCAUGUAUUUUUUUUUCCUUGUUGUUGUUUGUCACAAGCUUUUAAGGUUAACUAAGUUUGAGAGCCCACUGAAAGCCUUUACUUUUUUUAUUUUAAAGGAGGCUAUAAACACCCUUAAGAACUUAGUAACUAACUAGAUCGAGCACUCCCAGACGUUAACAGUGCUCAGCUGUUCCAUUCAGUGCUGUAGCAAACUACAGAACUAGCAUCAGUGUUUUAAGAUGUUCUUGCUCUAUUUGUAAGACUUUAAUAAAGACCUACCUGUUUAAAUA